CUCAGGAAAGGGAAGUGUCUCACCCAGAUCACACAACCUCUCUCUGUAAGACGCACAGGCACAACUGGAACUGAAAUUGGGCCGGCUCCCAGGUUCGGCCCACCCUCCCCGACCUUGGCUUCCGGGACCAGAGUCACUCUCUGGACUUGGGCUUGGCGGGGAACAGGCAGAGCGGCAGGGUCGCGUGGGGUCUGGUGAGACUCACAUCUGGUCUGAAAGGUUGCAGGGCCUCUGCUGUCGGGCAUCCUUCAGGGAGAGCAGAGCAAGGCCCCGGAGGGGGUGUUCCCCUUCCUGUAAGGCCUCUCGUGAGGAACCCAUGAUGGGGACCACAGAGCCUGGGCCAUGUCACACCCUGUGCAUGUGUCUGUCCUGUGGACUCUGAGGACUUUUAAGCUGUCUGCACCGCUGGGACCAUGGGAGGCAGCGUCAGGACCCAGACCCUCACCGCCCUUCUGUGUCUCGGGCUGUGUCGGGGUCCAUGGGACCAGGUACAGGCAGGGUACCUUCCCAAACCCUCCAUCAGGGCUGACCCCAGCCCCAAUGUCACCAGUGGGACCCCUGUGACCAUCUGGUGUCAGGCAUCUCUCCAGGCUGAUGUCUACUAUCUGUAUAAAGAGAGGGUCUCUGAACCCACGUCCAUGGAGAUCUCACAGGAUUCCAGCAACAAGGCCAGUUUCUCCCUUGGAUUCAUGAGUCUGCACAAUGCAGGGCGAUACCAGUGUCAAUAUCACAGCAGGAACGGCUGGUCACAGCGGAGUGACCUCCUGCCCCUGGUGGUGACAGGAGUGUACAGCCCACCCUCCCUCUCAGCCAUCCCAGGCCCCGUGGUGGCCUCAGGAGGGAACGUGUCCCUCUCCUGUAGCUCACAGUACCUAUGGCAAACCUUCCGUCUGCUGAAGGAGGGGGGAGCCGACGCGCCCCGACCCCUGGAAUUGAAGUUCCCUCGUGAGAAGAGGCAGGCACUGUUCCCUGUGGGCCCCGUGAGCAUCUCCCAUGGGGGGACCUACAGGUGCUACGUUUCUCCAGCUUCCUACCCGUAUGCGUGGUCACUCCCCAGUGACCCUCUGCACCUUCAGGUCACAGGCGCCUACAGGGAGCCCACCCUCUCAGCCCAGCCGGGCUCGCUGGUGCAGGCUGGAGACAACCUGACCCUCCAGUGUCAUUCAGAAGCCGGAUUUGACACAUUCGCUCUGAUGAAGGAUGAGGGGCUCACACCUCCCGUGCGUUUAGAUGGGCAGCCCAGCCCUAACUUCCCCCUCAGCCUUGUGAGCAUCACCCACGGGGGCCGGUACAGAUGCUAUGGUGGACACAACCUCUCCUCCACGUGGUCGGCCCCCAGUGUCCCCUUGGACAUCUUCAUCACAGGCCUAUACAGGAAACCGUCCCUCUCGGCCCAGCCGGGGCCCUCAGUGUCCUGGGGAGAGAAUGUGACCCUGCAGUGUCGCUCGGAAAUCUGGCUCGACACCUUCUACCUGUCCAAGGAGGGGUCACCUGCUCCUCCCCAGCACAUUCGUCUGCAGGACACAACUGCACCUUAUCAGGUUAACUUCAACAUGAGUCCUGUGACCUCAGACCAUGAGGGGACCUACAGGUGCUACGCCUCAUCCAGCACCUCUCCCUACCUGUUGUCACACCCCAGUGACCCCCUGGAGCUGCUGGUCUCAGGAGGCUCUGAGGAUGCACCAGUCACCCCAUGGAGGGGUCCCAACCGGUACCUGUACGUCCUCAUCGGGGCCGCGGGGGCCUUCGUCCUGCUGCUCUGCCUCCUCGUCGUCCUCCUCGUCCGUCGCCAGUGUCAGGGCAAAGGCAGGAAGCCGGCAGCAGCAGCCACAAUCCCAGCGCCUGAGGAUGAAGGCCUGCGUGGGAGCUCCGGUCCCGCUGCCACGGCCGCCCAGGAUGAGAACUUGUAUGCUGUCAUGAAAGACACACAGGCUGAAGAGGACAGACAGCUGGCCAGCCAGGCUGUAGUCUCUGAAAACUCCCAAGAUGGGACUUAUGCCCAGAUCAACAGCUUGGUCUCUGAAGACCCUCAGGAUGUGACCUAUGCCCAGCUCAACUGCCUGACCCUCAGGCGGGUGACAAGUGGACCCGCUUCCUCCCAAGCAGAGCCUCCAGCAGAGCCCAGUGUGUACGCAUCUCUGGCCAUCCACUAGCCCAAGCAGGACCCACACUCCAGGGGUCUGCGAGGUCUCCUGCAGGGAGCCUGGAGGGCAAAGGAGCUGCCCACAGUGGGUACUACCUGAUCCCACCCAGCCUGGAGGCAGGACAAGGACCCGACUACUGGGACCUUGUGGAAACUGCUUCCAGGAAUUCCCAUCACCAUACAGCUGACCUUAGGGUUCCUGUAAAGUGACCCUGACUCCAAGGAUUCCCAUGGAAAUGCCAAGACCACCAAGUGGUAACCCUGGUGGUGGGGGAAGGGCAGGGCCUACCAACCAGCACUAGGAUAGGACUACUCAGGACCUUCUGUAGGCUUCGUGGCAGCCAGGCAGCCUCCCAGGACCAUCACUGCGAAGCUGGGUCUUAAAUGUCCUUUCCCACAGGCCCCUAAUUAGGACUCACCCACUUCCCAACCCCACCAAAAUGAGCUUUGAAAUCAGUCUGUUCACCUUCUCAAGGGCUUCCUACCAAAACCCAACGACAGUAGUUCGUCUCCACCUGUGACCCCAGGUUCAGCUCUUUGCACCCACCCCCAACAUUUAACCCCUGACCCCCACUCACUACUUCUCUGCCGGGAAAGGACUCCACCCCACCCCAAUGCAAACAGCUGGCUCCCAGCAGCAGACAUGAGCGGGGUGUACUUCCCCUACCCCAACAAGGAACCCCGGCUGGUAGGCUCCCCAGGCCCCUCUAAGCAAGAGGCAAUGCUCCAAGUGUGAACUUGCUAGGAUGAGGAAGCCUGAGCUUUUUCCCACCACAGAAGCCUGUGUGUUCAGAGAAGGAAGGAGAACAGACCCACCAAUAAACACCAGUUCCAAA